GCUGAAAGCUGGAGUUCAGUAGUUUGUGUGGAGCUUCUUCCUCCGGUCAGUGUGCAGUGGGCAGUGAUGGGGUAACGCUGUGGCGACUCAGGUCGUCUUCUGGAGGUUGGAAAGUCCACGUUUCACCACCGCAGCAGCAGCAGCCAGACCCUCGGUGCUGACCGAGUAACACGGACUGACUGAAGUCUGGUGAUCCAGCCCCUGCACCAUGAAACUAUGGGGUAACUUAAAGCUGCUCUUGCUGAUUAUGCUGGUCUGGAUUCUGGUCUUGUUUAUUGUUUUCUUCCAAACCACUUCAGACUCUCCUUUGGAAAUUGCCAGGACCUCCAUACGUUCAGUUCCUGCCCAGCACAGCAUCAAACCCAGUACAAUCUCCCAAUGGACUCAUAGCACCAGCUCCAAUCAUACCAACUCCACUCAAGCCAGCUCUGGGUGGCCGGUGAAGGGGAAGGGGCGCAGCGGAGAUGUCGGAGAUGAAACGAAAGCUGUAGAAUCUUCUGAAACCCUGAGGAAGACGGUAAAGAUCUCUGAAGACUGGGAAGAAUAUGUCUCCAAUGGCAGGAAGGUGGUCCAUGGUCUGUGGGUGGGCCUAGUUUCUAGCAAUAUGCUGAGUGAACGCCUGCAGAAAGCCAAGAAGGCAUAUACAGACAUUAAUCAAUACAAAGUGGUUUAUGCAAAGCAAGAGCAAAGCAAGCAGCUACAAAGGCAGGAACUACUAUGUCAGCUGAAGCAGCAGGCCCAGGUCCGGACACUGGAUGGGGCUGAGGAGCCCUUUGCCAUCUUGGGAUGGAAGCAGCUGGUGCCUUCCCAACCCCUACUGAAACUCCAUGGCAUCCCAUACAAGACCUGUGCUGUGGUCAGCUCAGCUGGUGCCAUUCAAAAGUCAUCACUGGGAAAAGAAAUUGAUUCUCAUGAUGCAGUGCUUCGCUUCAAUUCUGCUCCAACUGAGGGCUACGAGAACGAUGUGGGCAAGAAGACCACCAUCCGCAUCAUAAACUCAAAGGUCAUGUGGGAGCCAGAGCAGAAUUUUAAGACCAGUUCUCUCUUUAAGAAUAUCACACUGGUGGCGUGGGAUCCUUCCCCUUAUUCUUCUGACCUCCAUCAGUGGUACAAAAACCCAGAUUUUGACUUGUUCACGGUGUACAAGGACUACCGGACACUUGCUCCAGAGCAGCCCUUCUACAUCCUGCACCCAAGGUUCGUCUGGAACCUGUGGAACAUGCUUCAGGCCAACACCAAUGAGAACAUCCAGCCUAACCCACCAUCUUCUGGCUUUAUAGGCAUUGUCCUGAUGAUGGGUCUUUGUAAGCAGAUCGAUGUGUACGAGUUCAUCCCGUCGAAAAGACAUACGACCCUCUGUCACUAUUACACCAAGGACCGUGACAUGGCCUGCACUUUGGGAGCCUUUCACCCACUGCUCUUCGAGAAACUCCUGGUCAGGAGGAUGGUCAAAACCUCUUACUCCGACUUUUCAGAUAAGGGCAAGGUCACCCUGCCGGGCUUUAGUAAGAUCACCUGUCCACCAUGAUGCUUCAGGAUCAGACAUGACCCAAGAGAAGACUUGAAGUGGCCCAGGCUUUCAGUAACAGUGCUAUGCUUUAAAUGGACCUGAUUCAAAUUAUGUUUUGUUGAUCUUCUAAGGAACUGUCCAGGGUGAUGCCUGCCUUCUGCCCAAUGACCGCUUGGAUAGGCUCCAGCUUCCCCCUGACCCAGAAGGAUAAAUGGCUUAAAUGUGUGUGAGAAGUGAAAACAAGUUCUCUUAUGGAGAACACACUUCUGCACGGUUUUAAUGCAAAACUACUAAAUUUGCUGAAUUUAACAUAUUAGGAAAAAAAAGCUGUGCAAAAAUUGUGGCACAUUUUAGGUUUAAUUUUUUCCUCCAAUGUGUUCAACUCAAAUAGAAAUGCACUCACAGAAAAAAGCUCUAUUUAAGUUUGCAUAGUGUGCUGAUUGUCGAGACCGUUUACCAUCUUCACUUUGCUGGAAAGCUUCCAUUUCUGUGAUCUUACGAUUCUACAGGACUCAGAAAUCUGGUGUGUCUGGUUUAACGGCUCUCAAUUAUCAACUGAAUUUGGUUCAUUGAUGAUUGAUUGUAAUUAAAGGGGGGGGGCAUUACUUUUUCAAA